UCUUCUGGACUUGGAGAAUGGUGAUGGACCGCCACCAGUGGCCGCUGAUGCUGCUGUCGCUGACCCUGGCAGUCUGUGGCCAGCGUGAGUUCCAUCAGCACCCUGAAACGCUUACCGAACCCAAAAUCGAAAUGCAGUCCGAACCAGUGACCGACACACAGGAGUCAUUUGGUGAAUCCGCCACAGUGCGGGGACCUUUCGUCCGGCUGCCCAAAGUAGUUGGAGGCUAUACGGUGCCCAUUGACCGGGUGCCCUUCCUGGUGUCCGUGCGCAGGCGCCUCAUUCACGAGAAUCAGUUUGGACAGGGCCAUGUCUGCGGUGGAGCAAUCAUCUCCCAGCGUUUGGUCUGCUCCGCUGCCCACUGCUAUAACAUCAAUAACACGGAACCGCAUACGUAUCACAGACCCGAGCUAUUCGUGGUCUUGGCCGGGAUGAGUGUCAUCGAUCAGAGGGACAGAGCCACUCAGGAGUACCAUGUCCAGCAGAUUAUUGGCCAUGAGCAUUACGAUUCCUUAACGCUGGCGAAUGACAUUGCGCUGCUGUUCCUAAAUGGGUACAUACCAUGGGGAUCGAAGGUGGUGCGAGCGGUGCCGCUGGUCAUCGACCCGCCACCCACUGGCACCUCCUGCCUCAUCCAUGGCUGGGGCAAGCCCAGAAAGUGGGACACAACCUUAACCCUGCAGCAGGCCCCAGUGCCCAUACUGAAGAGGGAACUAUGCCGUUUCAUCUACAAACAGCCCGAGUCCCAGAUGUGUGCCGGCUUCCUGCAGGGCGGCAUCGAUGCCUGCCAGGGUGACUCCGGUGGACCAUUGGUCUGCAAUGGCUACCUCGCUGGGAUUAUCUCAUGGGGUGUGGGCUGUGCCGAUCCUGGCUUCCCUGGUGUCUAUACCAAUGUGUCAAAGUUUGUGGAUUGGAUACGUGUGGUGAACUUCUCGCUGGACUACAGCACCUACCUAGAUAUGAGGCUUAUUAGUGGACAGUCAGGCAGAUCCCACAAUUGUGGCCCUCUGGCUCUUGUUAUUCUCAACAUCAUCAUCAUCAUGGUGGUCGGCCUUCUGUGACACAAUAAAUCGGUUGCUUUGUCUGUUGUUCCAACAACUAUAUAUGUA